AUGCAUUUGUCUAGUCGGGUGCUUCACUUCUGGGCAUGCCGGUGCACAAGAAAGAGCGAAAGUGGAAUUAGUGACGAUGAGCCUACAAACGAUUUCGAGUUUUCGACCGAUCUUCGCGGUUGGGAUCCUUCGUGGAAGCCAGACCAAGAUGCGAGAACAUUGUGGUAUCGGACUGUUGAAGAAUACACACGUUUGCAUAUUUCAUAUCCAAGUGAUACAUUGCCAGCGCUAGCGGCUUUGACUCAGCGGAUGCACAAGUUGAGGCCGGACGACAUGUUUUUAGCAGGCCUCUGGAAUAAUACGUUACUGUUCGACCUCUUGUGGAAGGCCCCAUCCAGGCCGAAAUUUAGAAGGCUUGCAAAAUGGCGGGCUCCUACUUGGUCUUGGGCAUCUGUCGAAGUUCCCGUCAAUUGGGAUCUAAGGCUAGAUUCUGUUCUCGAGACAGUCAAAUUGCUACAAGUCUGUUGUGAUACCAAAGGACCCCCAGAAAUGGGCAACAUUUCCAUGGAAGCAACAAUCACCCUUCGUGCACCUCUCGUAAAGGCAACAUGGGCAAGGCAGUGGACCAGAAGUCGGUGGCUGCAAAUUACGGGCGAGGUCAAUGCGAUCGAUGCUGACCGAUAUUGUCCGGACUAUGACUACGAUUUGACAGGACCAUACAACAUCCCCUGGGAGUCGGAGUUCCAUCUUGUGCCUAUAGCGAUAAUUUCGUUUCCUCUGAGUUAUGACAAUGACGCAAAGAAUCAUCGCCGCAUUAGCCUUGCUCUGCAAGCGAAGGUUGGCACACCAUUUUACGAGCGCAUUGGCUACGUCGAGAUUGCCGAGAAGAGGCCCCAAGUCAACCAAAGCCCUCAGGAAGCUCAAGCCAGCUUCGAGAGCGUGAACGCCGUUCUUCGAUCUCUACCGCGUGUGGAUAUCACCACCAUUUGA